AUGGCACAGGAAAGAGAUAGGGUAGCUAUGGAAGGCAACCACCUGAAAGGGCGCCGUCGAGGUCUUCCACUACUUCUCGAAGCCCAUGGUGGACAACAAGAGAUUAUGACCUGCUACGACACCGGAACGCACGCCAACCACAUGUCUCUUGCUAAAGCAAUCGAGUUGGGAUAUACCAUCGAGCCGAGUCCUGAUACAGAACCAGGCUUCCAGCUCCCGAAUGGCAAGAUCAUCAAGGCCGUGGGUCAAAUUGUUGUAGCGGUCCAGUUCGCUAGACAGGUAGGCUCGGAAGCGGCUUCUAUAACCUGUCGGUUCAACGUGUUCGAACGCUUGGCCCUACCUGUGCUCAUUGGCAUGACGUUCCUUCAGGCCACAGAGACCAUCACCAAAUACACAUCACGCAUGGUGGACCUUCCGACGACUUGGAAGCGCUCUCUACGACUAUGUGCAGUGGGAAAUGCAACCAAUCAAGUUGCAUGCAUUAUUGAUGGGCGAAGAGGAUUUGCAGCUGCGGACACCGGGUCAGAGAUUGCCUUGGUCAGUGGCGAGUAUGCUAUGAAAUACGAUCUUCUACGCGAAUACGGUUGCGAAGUGCUUGAGUUAGCUGACGGAUCACUCGAGUAUACUAGCGGUUUCGCAGACGUAGCCGUUCAUGUCUCUAAAUCUGAGGCCCAUCCCCAGAGCCCAGAGUUUAAGAAGGUCCGCUUUCAUGUUUUGAACAACCUUCAAUUCGACGUAAUCCUGGACGAAGAGACCAUCGACGACCUAAGUAUCUUUCAGGAUGGAGUUGCGAAAAUAUUGGCUGCUACGUCUAGUAUCGUACCCAGUUUGUCUCCAAUUAUCCACCUACAAUCCAUCGAAGAUUCCCUUGUACAGGCAAGGGAUACCUUGGGUGGGAAAUCGAAAGCACUACGUACCUCCCUCAAAUCAACGUUCGGGUCGUUGUUAAACCCUUCGCCUAUCACGGGCACUCCAGUGGGCCCAACGGGCCAGAGUAACACCGGGCCACAGAAUCGGGUGAAGGAGAUACCUGCUUUGAUCAGCCAGUUGGACCAAGCAGAAAACCGUCGGCUUGAUCAGAGGGAGCGAAGAGGCGCAUCUGGUGCGGAUGACGUACAAAAGCAACGGUAUGAGCUUGAACGGACUAAGCUUCUGGACGAAUUGCGGGGCUUGAACAGCGCACAGGGGCCUUGA